AUGUCUCAUGCAAAACAGCGAAAAAUUGACAGUUUUGUGCAAUCAACCGAAACUAAAUCGUCGAACACAAGCGACAAGCAACUGGACGGAGUGGACGAAGCAGAAGUACCCACUACGUCUACAGAGCCUGAUUCUACGAAUAGCAGUGAAGAAUCUAUCGCUGAAAUAGACGAAGAUUUUACGACCUUUGCCAGUAGUUCUGACAGUGGUCACAGUUUUGUCUCUUCUCUAUCAUCUGAGUUUGAUUCGUGUGUGUUAACAGUAACAGAAACACAAUUGUCAUCUGUGAAACCGAAUUCAUCGAAUGCAGCCAAAUCAAAUGCGUCCUUCGACGACAAGUCUAUUCAACGUGUGCCAGGGAGAGGAAAAAGAAAACGCGUUGUUUGUAAGGUAUGCUUGCCAAAUCUCGAAAUUGUGAAGCAUGCAUGUUACAGGGGAAGAGUGCCGCCAAUUUGUCAACCUGGAGGUACUGAAGCAAGAGAACAAACAAUCCAAGAACACUUGCAGAGCCCAGCGCACCAGCAAUGCCUCAAAGCAGAACGAUUAAAGAAACUUUCAAGUGUAGAAAAAUCUCAAUAUGUGCCAUUGAUGAAAAUGGUCAACUCACAACGACAGCAACUAGCCAAUAAGAUUGGAUCGUUAAUAAUUCAUGUCUAUAAUGAUGCAAAAUGCUUAACAUCGUCCGCCUUUUCCUGGCCGUCUAGGGUAAUUGCUGCAAAAAUGGCUCAUGAGUUUGAUUGCAAUAAACCAUUUAAUUCGUACAGUCCUACCAAUUUCGACCUGCAAUAUAUUAGACCACCAGUUGUGCAGGAACUUUUACGGACUAUAGUGUCUGCUGAUUUGCCAAGAAUCAAGAAGGAAAUUGAUUCAUGCAUUGCUGCAUCUUUUCGUUGUGAUGCAUCUAUGGACCAAACACAAAAGGAUAAUGAAUACAUGCUCCUUAACAUGAUACAGAAAGAUGGGAAACAAGAUCUGAAAUUUAUCGGUAUUGGGCAUGUGACAGAGCCUGGUGCAGCUGGUCAUCUUCAGGCACUUAAAACGGGUGCAAAUGAUACUGUUGGCUUUGACGAAGUUCUCAAAGUAGUUAAUCAUCUAUCGACAGAUGGGGAAGCUAAGAAUACUGGACAAUACAAUGGACUUUGGAAACUUCUUGAUGAUGAAAGAGAAAAACUUGAUGUCAAUUACCCUCUCCUCAAAUCUAUUUGUGCUGUACAUUCAACUGCAAAUGCAUAUAAAGAUUUGUGUAAGAGUGUGCCAGAAAUUGACCAUUUGGUAAAGAAGCUAUCUGGAAUUGCAACAUUUUUCCAUGCUUCAGCAAAGCGCACUACUGAUUUAGAGAAACUCGGGGGAAAAGAAGGACUAACAGUACGCCGCAUCCCAAAAUACUUUGAAGUCAGAUGGUCAGAAUUUACAGCUGCUCUUCUUGAUGCAAUUCUGUGCUCUUGGCAAGCCCUUGUGAAGUUUUGUGAGGAGCAGCAUGAUACUGAAGGGAAUAAAUUCUUGAAACUCCUAACAAAUAAGGAUAAUAUCCUUAUGAUGUGCUUUGUUGCUGAUCUAUUGUUCCUUCUUAAAGUUUUUCAAAAGAAGCUCCAACGUGAUUCUCUCACCAUUGUCGAUAUAGAACCAGAAGCAGAAAAGUUUCAGAAGAGUCUUGAUAAGUUGGGCACAAGAUCUUUGUUAGGCGGUUGGGAAGAAGCAUUCAAAGAAAAGUUUGAUGAAGAAGGAAAUACAUUUUGUGGAAUUGAGCUUUGGGAGAAGAAAAGACGCCGUCCAGAAGCCAACUUGUAUGUUACUGACCGCAGAGAGUUUACUGCUGUACGAAAUGAAUCCAUUUUGGCACUAAAAGAGUUUAUGGACAUGAGGCUUCAAGUUGACAAAAACACUUCAAAAUCUUUCACCCCUUUUAUCAAAUUCACAGCAAAUGAGGAUGAAAUAAGAGAUGUUCAUCAGUCUAUUGCUCCUGACCUUAGCUUGGCAAAUUUGGCUAUUCAGUAUCAAGAGUUGCAACAGUGUAAUGAGUUACCAAAAGGCAACCCCAACACAGUCCUGCAGAGCAUUGUUGAAGGAAAUGAGGAAGUUGGGGGACAAUAUUAUGCAAACGUGUCUAUCGUGCUUGGUCGCAUUCUGGCAUGCAAGCCACAUUCUGCUGAUUGUGAAAGAGUCAUUUCGCUGUACAACAAGGUUAAAUCAACUUGCAGAUCAUCCUUGAAACGUCAAACUAUGAGUGACUACCUCUACAUACAUAUAAAUAUGCCACCUUUAUCGAAUUUUGAUCCACGACCUGCAACUUUGCAAUGGAUGGAUGAAAAGGAACGUAGGACAAGGAACACUCCAAAAGCAGGAGAGCAAGAGUGGUUCAGCAAAGUUUUCCUGCAAGACAACAGUUUCGAAAAUGAAGAAGCUGAAGAGGCGAAGGAAGUAAAGAGAAAAUUUUAA